UCCGUCUCUUCCUCGUAGGCAUUGCUGCUGUGCUGUUAAAUCGUUGUCACCAAAAAUGGCCCUCGCUUUGCAGCGCAUGAACCUGCGUGCCCCUGCGGCGCCCUCGGUCGCCUCUCGUGGCUCUGCUUUCCUGGCGUCGCCAAUUGCGCCUGCGCGCGUCGCAAUUGCGCCCGUCAAGGCAUCGCCGGUCGCGGCGACUGUGGAGUGCAAGGCCAAGACGCGCAAGGCGGCUGCGAAGCGCUUUAAGGUGACGGGAAGCGGCAAGAUUAUGGGCCGCAAGAGCGGCAAGCAGCACUUCAACGAGAAGAUGAGCCGCGAUCAAAUCCGCGAUCUCUCGAAGAUGUUCACCCUCAGCCCAGCUAACGUGUACAACGCGACGAAGUGCCUGCCCAACCACGGCAUUGGCAAGUAAAGGUCGCACAUGCGUACAGCUCACCAAAAGCGACGUUUGAACGUCACUCCUUCAGAGGAGCGUUUCCGCGUUGUUAUCGCUGUCGCCGGCUGGAUGCUCCUUUCCUUACGAUGUUAUCCUGAAUGCCUUUCGGGGUAGUGCGUGGGCAACGACAGCUAGAAUCGAAAGGUGGCGGAAUCAACACUGUAUUGUGGCUGAAGUUGUGAUAGGGGUCGCGGGCCUCUUCUGGGCGGGGCUAGCCGCGGAGGUAGCGGGCUACGGUGACCUGUCAGCCGCGCGGCGAUUUUCAAGGCAGCCGGCGGCAUUUUGAUUUGGCGCCGACCUGCUUCUACUUGGGUUGCCGGUCGAUGGUAUCGAAGACCAAGACUGCUUUCUUUGCUUGUGAUGGGCUGCAACAAGCUGUAAACCACGCGUUAGACUGGCAGCAUGUUGCCUCUCGGGCCGCGCUCGCAUCAUAGUGCCCAAAUCCUGUUUAACCUCGGUAGUUUGAGUACUUGGGGACAGAGGACAACAACGGUCAUGAUCUGGAUUCGCAGAGUAGAGCAGCUCGCUUAGGUGUGAUGCAAAUAUGGUGAGACGGGAAUUUUUGCAUGCAGCUAAUAGCAGCUAGCCUCCCUCCGCGGUAUGGUGGAUUGCUUUAGUGUCUUUUUGUUUGUCGGCUCGUUGUUGUGGUUUUGUUAGAGGCAUCAGUGGUCACCUGUAAGCUCGUUUGGGG